AUGUGCAGGAUUGUCCAUCCAGCUCCAGGCGUCCCCGAGGCCCUGAUACAGGAGAUGUUCCGGCACAACCCAGGGGUGUCCAGGGAGGUCCUCGGCCUGUACAUAUGCCAGAAGCUGGUGAAAACGAUGAGCGGCACGGUACAGUACCUACGAGAAGCCGACACUUCGUCGUUCAUCAUCCUGAUAGAGUUCCCAGUCGCCCAGCUCAGCAGCAAGCGGUCCAAGCCUUCGACAAGUAAAUUCUGA